GCAGGGGCUUGUGGGGUGAUUGGGGGCAGAAAGGUGCCCUAUAAAAGUGCCCCGUCCCACCUAGACUCCUGGGUGGGGGCUGCUUUGGCUUUGGGGGGGAUCCCCAAGCGUUAGUGGGUGCCUGGGGGCUCUGCGCUGGCACCCUGAGGGUCCCCCUGUCCGUCUGUCCUGGGGAUGGCCACCCCACGGGCAAAGAGACCCCGCAGGGAGAGCGGUGGGGACCUGGGGCUCUCGGCCACCAAACCCCGGACUCGGCGGCAGAGAGGAGGGGAUGGGGGCAAGCACGUCCCGGGUCCCCCCCUGGAGCCGGUGACCCCCAGGAGGACCCCCAGGAGGACUCCCAGAAGGACCCCCGGCAGGCAGCAGCUGGCCAGGCUGCAGUGCGGUGGGGAGCGUGGCAGCCCGGCAUCCCCUUCCCUCCCCCCAGGGGAAAGGGGUGAGCCCCCCCACCGUGGGGUAGCCCCUGUUUGGGGAGGGGGCCAGCCCUGGGCUGCGGGGCUGGGACUCCCCCCGAGCCCCCCAUCGCAGCCCUGCUAUAAGGGAGCCUACUUCUCGGGGCUCCCCGUGGAGGAGUGCCAGGACCCCGCUGUCCCCAGCCUCCCGCUCCCUGCGCCCCCCACGCCCGGCCCACGCAGGACCCGCAGCACCCCGGAGCACACCCUGGUCCUGGAGCUGGAGGGGACCCUGGUCUGCUCCUCCGUGCUCGCUGGACGGCUGCCGGGUGCCGUGGCCUCCUUCACCACCUCCUUCCAGGGCGAUGCCUACAAGGUCCACGUGCAGCUGCGUCCCCACGUGCAGCACUUCCUCGAGAGCCUUUCCAAGACCUACGAGAUCUUCAUCUUCACAACGGCGAAGCAGGAUUACGCCGAGAAGAUCCUGGAUGUGCUGGACCCCAAAAAGAAGCUGAUCAGGCGCUGCCUCUCCCAGCGGGACUGCCUCUGCGCCCGCGGCUGCUACUGGAAGGAUCUGGCCCUGCUGGGCAGGGACCUGGCCAAGACGGUGGCCCUGGACCACACCAUCCAGGGCUUCCCCUCCCAGGCUGCCAACUGGAUCCCAGUGCCGAGGUGGUUUGGGGACCCCGGGGACGAGGAGCUGCUGCGCCUCGUCCCGCUGCUGGGACAGCUCUGCCAGGCGGACGAUGUGCGCACCGAGGCGCAGCAGCGGCUCCCGCGCUGCAGGCUGCCUGCUGAGGACUAGGACAGCCCACGAGGAGGGGAGCGGGAUGGGGAAACCCCCCCUCCCAGCAGGGACCCUGGCUUGGGGGGCCAGAGCUGCCAUGGGGAAGCCUCGCUGCAGCGCUUGGCCGUCACCCAGAGCUCUGUACCGUCCCGCCGAGGGGUGCUUUCGUGGAUGAUUACGUGCUUGGACAAAGGUCUUGCUCUCUUCUUUGCCUCCCAAAUCCUCCUCAGCUGUGCAAACACGCAGAGCCCGGGGCUGGGGGGCUCAGCCCGCUGCCACCCCGCGAUGCCACGCAGGUUCGGGUGCCCGCAGCGGCCCCGUUCCUGCCGUUCGGUGGCUGAGCCCCAUGCAGCAGCGAUGCCCUCGGGAGGGCCCCAGCUGGCAGCGAUCCCCGUGCCCCCUCCUAGCCCUGCCAGCCCCGGGCACGUUUCUGAAGGCUGCUGAUCACCGGGGCCCUGCUGUGCCAGCACCACGGAGCGGUGGCUCCCAGUCCGGCUCCCUCUCCCCUGCCAAAAUCCACCAGUGCUGGAGGCUCUGGCCAU